CAAAGCUCACUUCCAUUUGCUUGCUUUGUCCCUCCUCCUGCAAACCUCAUUUUUCUUCACCAUGCUCUCAUCAACCUCUCUCAAACCCAUUUCCAAUCCCAAAAAUCCUUUCUUUUCUUUAUUCUUAAUCCAAAACACAUCUCUUUUUUCCUUCCACCUUCCUUUCCCCCCUUCUAAAACCCUCCUAAAACCCAUCUCAGCUACUCUUAUCCCUCCCAACGCCCAACCUCAGCAGCAGCAACUUUACCAGCCUUUUAGGCCACCCCCAUCCCCACUCCCUGCCCAAUUCCGUUCACUUGACCCUCAAGCUCGUUUAGAAGUCUUAGCCAACCGCCUUGGCCUUUGGUUUGAAUAUGCCACACUUAUCCCUUGUCUUUACCAGGAAGGUUUUUCUCCUCCUUCCAUAGAAGAAACCACUGGGAUUUCUGGGAUUGAACAGAAUAGACUUAUAGUGGCUUCCCAGGUAAGAGAAUCACUUAUUCAAUCCAAAACUGAUGAAAAUGUUUUAUCUUUUUUUGACACUGGUGGUGCUGAAUUGCUUUAUGAGAUAAGGCCUUUAAGUGCUACACAAAGAGCUGAAGCUGCUCGUUAUAUAGUUGAAAAUAGAUUGGAUGCUAAGGGCGCACAAGAUUUGGCUAGAGCUAUGAAGGAUUUCCCAAGAAGGAAAACGGAUAAAGGUUGGAAAAGUUUUGAGCAUAAGCUCCCAGGGGAUUGUUUAUCAUUUAUGUAUUAUAGGCAAAGCAGGGAACAUAGGAAUCCUUCUGAACAAAGAACUGCUGCUUUAAGGCAAGCAUUGGAAGUGGCUGAGUCUGAGAGUGCUAAAAAAGAGGUGUUGGAAGAGUUGGAAGGUGGGGAGGGUGAAAAAGAAGAGAAAGGAGAUGAUUUGGACUAUGGGGUUCGGGUUCCAAUUGUUAGGAUGAAGUUUGGUGAAGUUGCUGAGGCUACUAGUGUGGUGGUUUUUCCGGUUUGUAAGGCGGAGGAGAAUGACAGAGAGAUUUUGGCAGCACCUUUGGAAUGUAGAAGUGGAGGGGAUUUUGGUGUAGUGGAGGCUGAGAAAGGGUGGAAGAGGUGGGUUGUUUUGCCAGGUUGGGAGCCGGUUGUGAGGUUAAGGAAUGGCGGAGUUGUAGUUGCAUUUGGUGAUGCAAGAGUUUUACCAUGGAAGGCAAAUAGGUGGUAUAAGGAAGAGGAUAUUUUGGUGGUUAUGGAUAGGAAUAGGAAGGAGGUGGAAUUGGAUAAUGGGUUUUACUUGGUGACAGUUGAUGGUGGUGGGUUGAAGGUGGAUAGAGGAUCAGCAUUGAAGGAAAGGGGUGUGAAGGAGAGUCUAGGAACCGUGGUGUUGGUGGUUAGGCCACCAAAAGAAGAAACUGAUGAUCAAUUGAGUGAUGAAGAUUGGGAGUGAAAAGAAUUGAAAGUGAGUUAUGGUGUUUUA